AUGCCACAAUUGAGAAGAAACGCUCGGCCGCUUCUCACCAAAGUGGGAGGGAAACCGCACGCCUCAUCCGACGACCACGAAGAGGCCGACUCCACCCACGCGAUCCGAACGAGUGCGACAAAGAGGAGGAAGUCGACGCGAACUCAAGCAGAGAGCACUAUGGUCACGCCGCCGGCCACGAACAGCACUGCCAGUUCGCAGAACCUGCAGCCGAAUGUGAUUGAUCUGGAGAAUGAGGACGAGGACUGGGUCAAUGCGGAUCCCAUAGAUAGCGAUGAUGAGGUGUUCGCUUCGAAACCUGUUCGUGCGAGCUUUGAAGGGUUCAGGUCCGCGAAUGUGGAUCUGGAGGAGGGGUGUGGGAAGAAGGUUGUGGAGGAGGUGUUUAGGUUUGCUGGGCUUGAAGAGGAGGGAAAGAACGGCAGUGUGGGAAAGAAGAGCAAGAGUCCUGCUAGUGGAAAGAAGAGGGGUUUCAGAGAUAUCACAACUGGGCAAGAGCCGGAAUGGUUGAAUGGGGGCACUCCAAAGAAACAGAAGAAAGAGAAUGUUAAAACGAGCAUGUUUGCGCCUCCUCGAACGUCACAAGGGUAUGGAAAGGGUUCGCAAAGGCAUAGAGAAUGGAAGUUGAAGAGGGCCAGCCAGGAAAAGAAGGCAUCGCCUAAGAAGGAUGCGAAGGCGCCCGCUUUCCAGCUGCUGGAUAUUGGCAAUGGGGCUGAUGAUUCUGUGUCUACGGAUCAACCUUUCGCGGUUCCUGGAGCCGAAGAUGAAGACUUAGGAUACGCAAGACUGUCUUCUUCAUCACUCAGCAGCGCAAGAACUACGCCUGAUCCGGAGGAGCUGCAAGUGCUUGAUCUACCACACGCCACGCCAUACAAGCCCAUGGUCGACUGUUCAUACUGUGGUCAACCGAUCGAAAAAUUUGUAGUAGAAGAAUUCGAAGACAAAUACAACAUCGGUGGGGACCUAUCCUUCAAAUGGAAACGUCGAUUCUGCAAAUUCCACAGAAAGCAAGAAGCACAGGACAUUUGGCGGGAGAGAUCGUAUCCAACCAUCGAGUGGACGGGUCUGGAGCGGCGAAUGCGGAAACACAAUGCUUUCUUGGUUGAUAUUCUGAAUGAUCGGAAAUCGUCACAUUACCGACAAACGUUGAAGGAUAAAGUCAAACCCAGGACGAAAGGGAUUCGUCAGGCUUAUAAUGCUGCCAUGGAGACGAAGGACGGUGGUAGCAGGCCUGGGGCUUCUGUUGGGUAUUAUGGUCCGAAGGGGGAGAAGAUAAUGACGGACCACAUCAUCUCCUCCCUUGCAGACGACAUCCGCAAGCAAGCGAAGAAAGACAAGCUCGUCGCCUCCUCCGGCGUUCAAGGAGGCGUGUCUGGCUUCGUGCAAGCCGUGCUCGUGCCUCAUCUGGCGGAGCAAUUGAUCAAAGAAGACAUGAAACUGACGGGAGACUGGUCAUCUCAAGCACGGGACAUCAUCACCGAUAGCUGCGAAGUUGGCGAGAUACUGUUUCCUGAGGUCGAGGAUGGCGUUGUGGAGAUUCCUGAUGAUAGCGACGAUGAUUGA